AGCUACGGAGGAGGAGUUGGCCUCAAAGAGGAAGAUAGUUGCUCCAACAAGCAUGGCUGGAAGCAGCGCAGCGCCGUCACUUACCAGUUCACUAUCCAAACUGCAGUCCCUGCAUGGACUGUUUGCAAUCUAUAAGAAGCAGGGACCGACCUCUGCAGAUGUCUUGAAUAAUCUCAAAGAAGUUUUGCUGAAGGAAGCUGGCGUGAAGAACGCGAACCCGAGGAAGAGGAAGAAACAGAGUCUUAAAAUGGGCCACGGAGGAACACUCGACAGCGCUGCCAGCGGAGUGUUGGUUGUUGGUGUUGGAAAUGGCACAAAAAUGCUCAGCACAAUGUUGACCGGUUCCAAGAAAUAUACUGCUGUAGGGGAGCUGGGAAAAGCAACGGACACUCUUGAUGCUACUGGCAGUGUUACCACAGAGAAAGACUUUAAACAUGUUACCAGGUUGGACAUUGAAGAGAAACUUCACAGUUUUGUUGGCGAUAUCAUGCAAGUCCCACCACUAUACUCUGCUUUGAAAAAAGAUGGUCAGCGGAUGUCGGUGCUUUUGAAGAAAGGUCACAAUGUUGAGGCGAAACCAGCAAGAUCUGUCACGGUGUACAAGUUGACGCUCGAAGAGUUCAAGCCCCCUCUCUUCACUCUGGAUAUUGAAUGUGGAGGUGGAUUUUAUGUCAGAAGCUUGGUGGAUGACCUGGGAAAAGCUCUCUCUUCGUGUGCUCACGUCAAGGAGCUGAUCCGCACCAAACAGGGUCAGUUCACCUUGGAAGAUCAUGCCUUACAGGAAGAGCACUGGACACUGGAGCAUAUCCUUAAAUCAUUGCACUUGUGUCCGGACGAGGUGGCAGCAGCAGAGGGUAGCACCUGAGAGACCAAGUUAAGAUAUACACUUGUAAACUAAUUUAAAUGUAGGUUACGCUAUAGUAAUUAUCAUUGGUUUUCAAGUAGGAUUGUAACAGGAUAGUGGGUUUUUUUUAAUUGUCAGAAUGUGUCAGUAGGUGUUGGCAGAAUGAAAUAUGCAAAGCAUGUUUAUUUUUGUAUUUAGUUGAGUCAUUAUAUGCAGAAAUCUUAGCUUUCUUUGCUGAUAACUUAAUUUUCUUACAUUUUGUAUGUAAUAGAAGGACUCCUUCCACUAUUCAGUCCCUUGUGGUUUGUUUGAUUCAAUGUCAAAUUGUUAUUUUAUUUACUAGCUUUGUUUUUUACUGCAAGAUAGCACAUUGCUUUAUACUGGCACUGCUGAACAAGAAAACAUUUUGGUUGUUUUUUGGGUAAUGGGUCACAAAAUUGGGGAUACGUGUCAUUUGCGAUGAAUUCUGAUGCUCUUUUUCUUUAAAACUUGUUUAAUUAA